AUGGCGCCCGGUCUCCAACCCUACAUCAACGAGAUCCCCAAUAUGGGGCUUAAACAGGCAAUCCAGACGAUCGUUGAUCUCGCCCCUGGCCUGAUCGCUUCAGUAUCCCCAAAAGGUGUGAUGACCAUCCACCAUCCCGACUACGAAGGGCUUGCCCGUUUGGAUGAUCUAGGCAGACAAUACAUCUCAUGUGGUCACCGUUGCACAGAUGAACAUGCGCCCUUCCCGCUGCGCCUGCUCCACCUCACGCUGGACAAUGUGUUUGAAGGACUAUACGAGGCAGCUGAGAAAGAACUCAACGAAGGCGUUAAGAAUGGCACUGUAUCGCGGCCGAAGCCAGAAUAUGAAGGCUGCGCCUGCUGCAGUGGAGAUCCCGCCGCUCGGAUUCUAAUGGGCUUCGCUGAACGAGAAGCAUUGUACUUCGAAGCGGAAGAGUACCGACAGUUCUGGAGUUUGGACGACCCACGAAGGCUGGGAUACCGAAAAGGGUACUCGGUGAAUCCAGAUGAGGGCACGCAAGAAUGGUAUUGUGCAUCUAAGGAGCAACUUGAGGAGGUUAUUCAGCUCAACCCAACAAACCCGAGUAAAUUGUAG